CAGAGGAGGAGAAGUAGAGAUGCAUUUCUGAAGAUCACACUGCACUUCCUGAGGAGAAUGAAGCAGGAGGAUCUGGCUGAGCGUCUGCAGAGCAGAACUCGUGCUGCAAAGUGUCGACGUAAACUGAAGUCUAACCUGCAGAAGAAGUUCCAGUGUGUGUUUGAGGGGAUCGCUAAAGCAGGAAACCCAACCCUUCUGAAUGAGAUCUACACACCGCUCUACAUCACAGAGGGAGGGACUGCAGAAGUCAAUGAUGAACAUGAGGUCAGACAGAUUGAAAAAGCAUCCAGGAAACCAGACAGACCAGAAACAACAAUCAGACAUGAAGACAUCUUUAAAGCCUCACCUGGAAGAGAUGAACCAAUCAGAACAGUGAUGACAAAGGGAGUGGCUGGCAUUGGGAAAACAGUCUUAACACAGAAGUUCACUCUGGACUGGGCUGAAGACAAAGCCAACCAGGACAUACACUUCACAUUUCCAUUCACUUUCAGAGACCUGAAUGUGCUGAAAGAGAAAAAGUACAGCUUGGUGGAACUUGUUCAUAAAUUCUUUACUGAAACCAAAGAAGCAGGAAUCUGCAGGUUUGAAGAGUUCCAGGUUGUGUUCAUCUUUGACGGUCUGGAUGAGUGUCGACUUCCUCUGGACUUCCACAACACUGAGAUCCUGACUGAUGUUACAGAGUCCACCUCAGUGGAUGUGCUGCUGACAAACCUCAUCAGGGGUAAACUGCUUCCCUCUGCUCGCCUCUGGAUAACCACACGACCUGCAGCAGCCAAUCAGAUCCUUCCUGAGUGUGUCGGCAUGGUGACAGAGAUCAGAGGGUUUGCUGACCCACAGAAGGAGGAGUACUUAAGGAAGAGAUUCAGAGAUGAGAAGCAGGUCAGCACCAUCAUCUCCCACAUCAAGACAUCACGAAGCCUCCACAUCAUGUGCCACAUCCCAGUCUUCUGCUGGAUCACUGCUACAGUUCUGGAGGAUGUGUUGAAAAGGAGAGAGGGAGGAGAGCUGCCCAAGACCCUGACUGAGAUGUACAUCCACUUCCUGGUGCUUCAGACCAAACUGAAGAAUGUCAAGUAUGAUGGAGGAGCUGAGACAGAUCCACACUGGAGUCCAGGGAGCAGGAAGAUGAUUGAGUCUCUGGGAAAACUGGCUUUUGAGCAGCUGCAGAAAGGCAACCUGAUCUUCUAUGAAUCAGACCUGACAGAGUGUGGCAUCGAUAUCAGAGCAGCCUCAGUGUGCUCAGGAGUGUUCACACAGAUCUUUAAAGAGGAGGGAGGGCUGUACCAGGACAAGGUGUUCUGCUUCGUUCAUCUGAGUGUUCAGGAGUUUCUGGCUGCGCUUCAUGUCCAUCUGACAUUCAUCAAGUCUGGAGUCAAUCGGCUGGAAGAACAACAAACAACAUCCCAGACACAUCUCUACCAGAGUGCUGUGGACAAGGCCUUAAAGAGUCCAAAUGGACACCUGGACUUGUUCCUCCGCUUCCUCCUGGGUCUUUCACUGCAGAAAAAUCACAAUCUCCUACAAGGGUUACUGCCACAGACAGGAAGUAGCUCACCUACCAAUCAGGAAACAGUUGAGUACAUCAAGAAGAAGAUCAGUGAGAAUGUGUCUGCAGAGAGAAGCAUCAAUCUGUUCCACUGUCUGAAUGAACUGAAUGAUCGUUCUCUAGUGGAGAAGAUCCAACAGUACCUGAGAUCAGGAAGUCUCUCCACAGAUGAACUGUCUCCUGCUCAGUGGUCAGCUCUGGUCUUCAUCUUACUGUCAUCAGAAGAAGAUCUGGACGUGUUUGACCUGAAGAAAUACUCUGCUUCAGAGGAGGCUCUUCUGAGGCUGCUGCCAGUGGUCAAAGCCUCCAACAAAGCUCUGUAA